AUGUCACAUAUGUCAAAUAAUCAACAAAAAACGGUUUGUCCAACUGAUAGAACACCUCGUAAACGAAGAGCCUCUCACGGAAUGGUUUUAAAACUUGGUCGCUCUAAUAGAAGUCGCUUUGUUUCUUCUACGUCAAUAAUAAACUUUCGCG